AUGGCGGCGGCGGCGGCGGCGGCGGCGGCGGCGGCGGCGGGCGCCGAGGGCCGGCGUGCGGCCGUGGACGCGGCGGCGGCGCCCGAACGCGGCGGCGGGAGCUGCGUGCUGUGCUGCGGGGACCUGGAGGCCACGGCGCUGGGCCGCUGCGACCACCCGGUGUGCUACCGCUGCUCCACCAAGAUGCGGGUGCUGUGCGAGCAGCGGUACUGCGCCGUGUGCCGCGAGGAGCUGCGCCAGGUGGUCUUUGGGAAGAAGCUCCCUGCCUUUGCCACCAUCGCCCUCCAGCAACUGCAGCACGAGACGAAGUAUGACAUCUACUUUGCAGAUGGAAAGGUGUUCGCGCUGUACAGGCAGCUGCUGCAGCACGAGUGCCCGCAGUGCCCAGAUCUGCCACCCUUCGGCCUCUUCGGGGACCUGGAGCAGCACAUGAGGCGGCAGCAUGAGCUCUUCUGCUGCAAGCUGUGCCUUAAGCACCUCAAGAUCUUCACCUAUGAGCGUAAGUGGUACUCACGCAAGGACCUGGCCCGGCACCGCAUGCAAGGGGACCCCGAUGACACGUCACACCGCGGGCACCCACUCUGCAAGUUCUGCGAUGAGCGCUACCUGGACAACGACGAGCUGCUGAAGCACCUGCGCCGUGAUCACUACUUCUGCCACUUCUGCGACGCAGACGGGGCCCAGGACUACUACAGCGACUACGCUUACCUGCGAGAGCACUUCCGGGAGAAGCACUUCCUGUGCGAGGAGGGCCGCUGCAGCACUGAGCAGUUCACACACGCCUUCCGCACCGAGAUCGACCUCAAGGCGCACCGGACUGCCUGCCACAGCCGCAGCCGUGCCGAGGCCCGCCAGAACCGCCAGAUCGACCUGCAGUUCAGCUAUGCGCCACGGCACUCGCGCCGCAACGACGGAGUCGUCAGUGGCGGGGACUACGAGGAGGUGGACAGGUACAACCGCCAGGGCCGAGCAGGCCGGGCCGGCGGGCGUGGAGCCCAGCAGAGCCGCCGAGGAAGCUGGAGGUACAAGAGGGACGAGGAGGAGCGAGAAAUCACUGCUGCCCUCCGGGCCUCAGUGGCUAUGCAGCCGCAGGAGGAGGCCCGCAGGAGUGAGGACCGGGACGAAGGCAGCAAGGCCAAGAGGGAUGAGGCCGCAGCGCGGAGCCAAGAGGAGCCCCGGGGGGCUCGGCGCCUGCCCCGGCCUCCAGAAGGCCCAGGCCCCAAAGAAGCCUCAACCAACGGCCCCCUCAGCCAAGAGGCCUUCCCAUCAACAGGUCCAGCCCCAGGGGUCACUCCUCCGAGCUCUCUCCUGCCACCUAGGCCAAAGCUCAAGGAGGAAGACUUCCCCAGCCUGUGUGCCUCCACCUCAUCCACCUGCCCCGUGGUCGCCGCCGGCUCGGGUGCUGUGGGCUUGGCACUGGCCUACCCUGCUCCUGCCAGGGGCAGGAACACCUUCCAGGAGGAGGACUUCCCAGCCCUGGUGUCCUCAGCCAGCAAGCCCAGCACUGCCCCUCCCAGCCUCCUCUCUGCCUGGAAUAGCAGCUGCAGCAAGAAGGGAACCCUGCCUGGCCCAGGGGCCCCGGCAGCUGGUGGGGGCACUCAGCCCCCGAGGAAGGCCGGGAAGGGGCACAAGGGUGGCCGGAGGGGUGGUCCACCCUCCACAGAAGAGGAGGAGGGUGGUGGCAUCACCGCCCAGGAGCUGCGGAGCACACCCACCACAGUUGCUGUGGCUGCCCUGCUGGGGCCCACCUCAGGCAAGCUUGGCAAGAAGAAGAAGGUGGGCUCCGAAAAGCCUAGUGCUGUGCUGUCCCCACCACUGGUCCCCGAUCGCAGCCCGAAGCCCCCUGGGGCCGAGGAGGCCCCAGAAGCCCCUGCCAGCCGAGCUGAAGGGCCAGUAACUGUCGUCGUGAAUGGACACACUGAGGGGCCAGCCCCAGCACGGAGCACCCCCAAGGAGCCCCCUGGCCUGCCCAGGCCCCUGGGACCCCUCCCCUGCCCUGCACCCCAGGAAGACUUCCCUGCACUUGGAGGUCCCUGUCCCCCCAGGACACCCCCUCCCCCAGGCUUCAACACUGUGCUGCUCCUCAAGGGCACCCCGCCCCCACCCCCAGGCCUGGCACCCCCAGUUAGCAAGCCACCACCGGGCUUUUCUGGCCUCCUUCCUGGCCCCCACCCAUCCUGUGUCCCUGGCCCUACUAGCACCGUGAAAGCACCCAGGCUAACCCCUGCACCACGGGCCUACCUGAUACCCGAGAACUUCCGAGAGAGAAACCUGCAGCUCAUCCAGUCCAUCAAGGACUUCCUGCAGAGCGAUGAGGCCCGCUUCAGCAAGUUCAAGAGCCACUCAGGAGAAUUCAGACAGGGCAUGGUGUCCGCAGCACAGUACUACAAGAGCUGCCGGGACCUGCUUGGGGAGAACUUCCAGAAGAUCUUCAAUGAGCUGCUAGUGCUGCUGCCCGACACGGCCAAACAGCAGGAGCUGCUGUCUGCACACACACACUUCCGCAGCCGCCAGAAGCCACCUGGCGCCAAGUCCAAGAAGAACAAGAAGAGCAUGUGGCAGGCCAGCACCCAGCCAGCAGGCCUGGACUGCUGCGUGUGCCCCACCUGCCAACAGGUGCUGGCCCAGGGUGACGUCACCAGCCACCAGGCCCUGCACGCUGCCCGGGACGAUGACUUUCCCUCCCUGCAGGCCAUUGCCCGGGUCAUCACGUAGCUCCCGGCACAGUGGGCAGAAGCGCUGGCAACUGUCAGGCUCCCUUCCC